UGCAUGAGAGUAGACUCGACCAAAUUUCACUUCUCCCUACGGCUUGAAUUGUACGUUUAUUGCUAUAUUUCAUCCAUGUUAUUUCUAUUUAGCUGAUCUCGAUUUCAAGAGGGAAAAACAAAGGCUGACAUGCACGAGAGAGAGCUAUUCUAAAACUCUAUUUUUGUCAUUGAACCUGGAUUCUUCAAGCACACGAAACCGUUUCUGAUAUCGUGAAGAUGCCGAAAACAGGGAGGUUCACUAUAGAAGAACGAAUGGCGGUACUGGAGCUUAUCAAACCCAAAGUGAUUUUGUUGGACGCAAUAACGAGUGAUGCCCAUUCCAGCGAUUGUAAGAAGGAAGCAUGGGAAUCCAUCACCAAGGAGUUCAUCAAGGACCGUCCCGGUCGACAGGACCUGACCUCCAAAGAGAUCCGGGAACUUUGGCGACGGAUGAAACACAGAGCCCGGAUGGAUGUCCGCCAGAGCAUCCAGAGCGCCAAGGUUGGACACGUCCGCACCAUAUCAGAAGCGGACAACAAUGGUUGGCUUCCAGACCACACGGGUCACAAGGUCAUCGACAUCAAUGACCUCGGCUUGGACAUGGAUACCAAGUUCAUCACCGAUUUUGUGCCGUUACUCGAAGAAGAAGCGACCGUGCUUGAGACUCGGAAUGGUGUUCUGCUUGAUAAGGAAAAGCCUGGUAUGGUGGAAAAACGACGGGCGUCCAACUCUCUGCUUCCGAACGAAACGCCAAAGAUUGUUAGAACAGAUUUGGGCGCUGCUCCGGCAAAGAAUGCCGGUGGCGAUUUCUUUGAGGUUGAUAUCGUAGAAGUCCUGGAGACGAGUACGUCAGGAGUGAAUGCAGUUCUAAGUGAUCGAUCUAGCCCAAAGUUGGAAGCUCCAAACCUCCUUGCAAAAGUUAAUAUCCCGUGUGGUAUUCAGAUCACUUCCGUUGUGAGUCAACAGCCGCAAUUCCAACCAGAAAAUACGAGCCAGAGUGUACCCCUCAAGUUCGACCAGCGGAUGAAAACAACCACGAACUCGGCUAUGAAACCUACAAUGAAACCUACAAUGAAAUCGACAAUGAAAUCAGCUGUGAGCUCGAAAUUGAACUCGAAUAAGCACUCAAGUAUAAACUCAAAUAUUAACUCGAAAAUGCACUCGAGCAGGAACCCAACGAUGAGCUCAAACAAGCAUCCGAAUAUGAACUCAACGAUGAGCUCAAAAAUGAAUGCGACCACGGCCACGGCCAAAGGCACUAGCAAGGACCUGACAGAUCUGUCCAUCCAGUUCUUAAAGCAGGAGCACGAAGCUAAGAUGGAGCUGAUUCGAUUGAAACAAGCAGCGGCCAAGGCCAAGAAUGAUACUGCCAGAGCGAAGAGAUCUGCUUACGACGAGAAGCGAAUGUUUUACUUUGAGAAAAGAAAGAAAUUACACGAUGGGGUUUGACGUUGAUGUAAACAACUUUUUACUAAUACAGUCAUGUUUGAUACUAUUAACGGGAGAAC